AUGAAUUUAAAUCUUCGCGUUAUUGAAGCAAAGGAUAUGCCAAAAGAGGAUUUAUUUGGAAAGUGCGAUCCAUUUAUUGAAAUAUAUAUCGAUAACAAGCACGUCAAGAAGACAAAAUAUGUGAAGAAUACUUAUAAUCCAAGGUGGGAUGAAACAUUUUAUCUUCCACUCCAUUACCCAGGAAGUAUCAUCGAAUUUCGUUUUGCUGACUAUGAUGAAAACACUUCCAACGAUAAAUUCGGAUACAUUAGACUUAAUCUCGACAAUUUACCAAUCGGAAAAGUUGUUGAUGAAUGGUAUUCAUUGACACCAUACAAAUCUGGCAAGAAGGUUGGCAAAGCGCACUUUGCCAUGCAGAUUGCACCAGAAAAGCAUACACCAUUCACUCCUUUUGACGGUCCAGCUAAUUGGACACGCCAACAACCAGCCCCAGCUCCAUACCCACCACAAGGCGGCUAUCCACCACAAGGAUAUCCUCCUCAAGGCGGAUACCCACCGCAGGGAUAUCCUCCACAAGGCGCAUACCCACCACAGGGUUAUCCUCCACAAGGAUUCCCACCACAAGGUUUCCCUCCACAGGGAUUUCCAGGAGGCCCAUGCCUCUUCCCACCAGAUGCUAAACCAGGUGAAGUUAUAGUUACAGCCGCAUAUUCACACAAGCAUUGCCCUUCACAUGUUGAAGUACUUAGAGGUGAGGCAGCAGUUGCACAUCUUCAAAAAGCAUGCCGUGGUAACAAAAAAUUGUUUGAACAAAUGUUAAAGGCCGCCACUGUACCACCAAAUUGGGGCCAAUAUCCACCUCCAGGCUAUCCUCCAUAUAGAUAUCCACCACAAGGCCCUUAUCCACCACAAGGAUAUCCUCCUCAAGGAGCAUAUCCACCACCGGGACAAUACCCACCACAAGGCGCUUAUCCACCUCAAGGACAAUAUCCUCCACAAGGACAGCCACAUCAAGGACAGCAGCCACCUCAAGGUCAAUAUCCUCCACAAGGACAGCAGCCACCUCAAGGCCAAUAUCCUCCACAAGGACAACCACCUCAAGGACAGCAGCCACCUCAAGGCCAAUAUCCUCCUCAGGGCUAUCCUCUACAAGGCCAGCAGCCACCUCCUAACCAACAAGCACCACCACCAAACAACUCAAAUCAGAAGUAA